AACUGCACCGAGAAGAAGGAAGAACCGAGAGUCCGAGCAGCAGAAAACACACAACCAGACAUGGCGCCGAGGAAGAAAGCCACCAAGCAGCAGAAGAAGAGCCCGAAGCUCGAGGCUUUCCUGGAGGACUUCGACAGCGAGGUGAAAACCAGAGUGGGACAAAUGAAGGAGAAGCUCAACCAGCUGCUGAAGAGUGUGGACAACAGCUACAACAUGGCCCUGAUCAAGUUGCCCAUGCACAUCAGGCAGAUGCCCUGGAUGGAGCAGUGCAUGCCUGAGAAACAAAAGUCACCUGAGGUGGAUGUUUCAAAGAGAGAAAAGGAAGCUGCUGUUGUUGAGAGCGUUGUGGCGGAGGAUCAUGCAGUCCUUCUAAAGUCAGUCAAGAAACCAUCCAAGAAGAAAGCUGGAGCCAAAUCCAGUUCAGAGGAUGAAAACAGCCCGAAUACGACAAGGAGGGGGAAAACAGCGAGAAAGCCCCCGACUACAUCCAAAAGAGCGAAGGCGCUGGCCGUCAGCAAGCAGGGCGCCUCCAUCAGACGAUCGAGCAGGAAACCUCUGGUGACGCCUGCCAGGAGCAUGAUGGAUUCUUCCAUGAUGAUGGGAGCCACCCCCCUCAUCACGCCACGCUUCGACCCGAGGCUUCCUAAGACCCCUGCUGUGAGAGUUCCUCGCCACAAGGAGAGGGUCUAUAGCAUUUCAGUCAAUGGCUCUCCCAUCGCAGGAGGAAACGAGGACAUCGUCAUCAACGUCCCCAUCGGCAACGGAGAGAGCGUCCAGCUGUUGGCCAGUCAGAUGGACUCAGUGGAUCUGUCGCUGCUGGAUGAAACCACCAUGAGGAGCAUCCGACUGCUGAACAGUCGACUCACCACCCUGUGUGAGAAAUGAGCGACCGAAGCGUCGACUGCUCCUUCUCAAGACUUUUUCUUUUUUCUGAUACCAUUGGUUUGAAGGGGACGGCAAGAUUUGAGUAGUUCUGCCUUUGCAGCUUUUAAAAGAAGAUUUUACUGUUUAUUCUUUGAUUUCUUUUGUAAAUAGAUUCUCAUCCUACAUUUUUUUGUUUCCACUCAAUCUUUCUAUACAGUAGCUUGCAUUUAUAUUGUUAGUGCAAAUGCAUUCGUCAU